UAUCUUAUAAAUAUUAUUAAAAUCAACAGAUAAUGAACUAAGAAAAUAAUCAGAAAGCUAAUUAGCAACUUAUCUUUAAUAAGAUCCUAAUAGUUAUUUUACUUAAUUAGUCUCCGAAUUUAUAAAUUAAUAAAAUGAACCUAUUUUUCGUCAAUUUGCAUGUACUAUUUUAAAUUAAGCUAUUUUGAAAAAUAUUGAUAGCAAGUAAUACGCAUGGGAAUGUUUAGAUUAAAAUCUACGUGAGAAUAUAAAAUCAACUUUGUUAUCAAAUAUGAUGACUAAUAUAUAAUUAAUAUAGAAAUCAUGUGCAAACGCAAUAUCUUCUAUAUGUGUGGUAGAAAUUCCUUAAAAAUAAUGGCAAAAUUUAAUUUCAGAUUUAUCCUCAAGUACAUAACCAAAUGUGGAUAUACAAAUAAAAAAAGCCGCAAUUAUGACAUUAGGAUAAAUAUGUGAUAAAUUAAAAUAACACCGUUUUUCAUUAGAACCAUAAUAAAAAGAAUAAAUAUUAACGGCAAUAUUAUUAGGAUUAUCACCUGAAGAAUAAGAUGUAGAUAUAAAAACAAAUAGUAUAAUAGCUUUAGGGGAUGCAAUAGAAUUUAUGGAGGAGCUAUUUUAAUAAAAGAUGGUUUUAGAAUUUUCAACGUAACAAUUAAUUUCUUGCAUAACUAAUCCAUUAGAUGUUGAAACAUUGAAAUUGGCUUUAUAAAGAACAACUGACUAUGUGAAAACCUUACAUAAGUACAUUGGAUAAUAUAUUGUAAACCUUUAUAAUGCAACUGAAAAUUUUAUUGCUCAUGAAGAUCCAGAAAUAGCCUGCCCAGCAAUUGAAAUAUGGACAACUAUUGCAAGCGAAUAUUUGGAAAGGCGAAAAUAAAACUUAGAUAAAAAUAGAAUUAAUAAUGUUUAAUAGGAUAAUCCUAAUCAUAUUAUGUAAGUAUAAGAAAAUUUAAUAAGAGCUCUUUUGUAAAAUUUGCUUAAAAAUGAUACUUAGCAAUCCACUUUUGAAUCGGAAAUAUAAGAAUGUGCUUAAAAAUCUCUAUGUAGUAUAGUUGAGGCUGUUGGAGAUAUUGUUAUUCCUACAUUUACUAUAUUUAUUUCGAAUACAAUUAGCAAUUAAGAAUGGUAACAUAGAUAAGCAGCAGCUUAGUCAUUCGGAACAUUAAUGGAAGGUAUUUCUAAAGUAUAAAUAAGCUAACUUAUCUAAAAUGGAAUUUCUGAAUUUGUAAAAAUGCUAUAAGAUUCUACAUAAUUUGUAAGAGAAAGUUGCUCAAAAUUAUUAAGUAAAAUUGCUGAAUUUCACCCUGAAUGCUUAUUCACAAAUUAAAAUAGUAAUUAAGAUUUUUAAUUAAUUUUAUAAAGCUUAACUUAAUCACAUAAUAUUUCCAAAAAUAUCAGUUGGCUUUUCUGUUUUUUGGGAGAAAAUCUUGAAUAAUAUCCCAAUAAUUCUGUUAUUCAUAAAAAUGUGGACAUCAUUAUUGAUAGUCUUAUUAAAAAUGGAAUUCGUGGUGAUCUUUAAUAAACUGAUUAUAGUUUAAUUGAUGUGUCUUUUAUGGGUGUUAUGAAUUAUGUGCAUUUUUCGAAAUAACCCUAGAUUGCAUAAAAAUAUCUUGAUUUCUUUAUCGCUUAAUUUGAUAACUCUAACUCAAUUAAUGAUGGUAGAAAAUCUUAAAUUCAAUCUGGAAUACUUUCAGCUAUGCAUAGUUGUCUUUUAGGAUUAGAUGAAUAUUUUAAUAAAAAUCAAAGUAAAGAUGUUUAUAAUUUAAUUGUGAAUCAUUUCAAAAGAAAUGCUGAUGUUGAUACAGAUGGAAUGUAUGUAAUAAGUGCUUUAGCAACAGUUUCUGGUGAAGACUUUUGCUAAUAUUUGGAUAAUUUUUGGCCAUUCAUUAAUCAUUCAUUAUCUAAUAAAUAAUAAGAUUUGGAAUUAUUUAAAACCACUCUUGGAACAAUCGGGGAUAUUGCAAGGGCAUGUGAAGCCGGAUUUAAAGAAAAAUUAAACAUAUUAGAACCUUUAAUGCUUGGCUUGGAAUAAACUAAUUUUGACAGGGAAGUAAAAUUGUAAAUCUUUAACUGUAUAGGGGAUAUUUUUUUGGCUUCAAAACUUAACUGUUUACCCUAUUUAGAUAAAAUGAUGAGAAUUUUCGAAUUUGGAUUUGUUGGUGCUUUAGAAAUGUAAUAUUCAACAGAUCUUGAUAUAAUUGAUUAUUCAGAAUAACUAAAAGAUAAGAUUAUUGAUGCUUAUACUUGUGUUAUGCAUGGCAUUAAUGAUGCUUAACCUAAUAGAUAUUUCCUUUAACACAUUCCUAAGUUAGUUGAAUUUAUUUACAAAACUUGCGAAUAAUAAUAUCAUCCUACUGUUGAAUAUGUUAAAAAUUGUAUAAGCUUACUUAUGGAUAUUGGAAAUUUUUAUAAAAAAGAAGCUAAAUAGUAUAUAAAAAAUAACUAGACAAUCAGUAUCAUUAAUAUUUUGAAAUAGUUUGAUUAAUCACCUGAAACAAAAGAAAAUCUUGCAUAUGCAGAAAGAAUUCUUAAAGAAAUGGAUUGAAGUUUUUUAGAAUUUGAUAAAUUUAUAAUGUGUUUAAAAAUAAAUAAAUAAACAUUUUAUGUUCGAGUUAAAAAUAAAAAAUAAUUAUUAUAAUUUUUUUUAAUUUUU